GUUGUCGUUACUCGCACGCACCAGGCACCAGCAAAGUGUGCCGUCUAGUCACCGCGCACAGGUGUUCCUCGCACGCGCGCUUGUGUGUGUGUAUAUUUAUAUAUGUAUAUAAAUACAUAUAUAUAUAUAUAUAUAUAUAUAUAUAUAUUAUAUAUACUUAAGUUCGCUGUUGCCGCCACCGUCGCCGUCGGUUUCAACGGACAUCAACAAGUGUCAUUUCAAAGUUUCCGCACGACCGCGUUCCUUGCCUUUUGGAUGGAAGUAUUACAAACCCGAUUCCGGAACACGAUAUUUACAAUGGAUUAAAGAGCGGAAAUUACAAAACCACUAAUACCGAUCAAGUUUAACUUUGUAAAAAAUUACUAGCGUACUUGAAAGUCGCUAACAGAGAAGUUGUCAAGUAAAAUGGAAUCUGAACCGGUAAUUGUUGUAGACCAAGAAAAUUGCUUUGUCGAAGAGGAUGAAGAAACGGAAGAUGUCAAUGCCACUGGAACUCCCGGUACCCCUACACAGAAUCCGUUUUUUUUAUCGCCGUUCAGAGACAUGAGGAAACGUUCAUUACCAACGCCACAAUGCACAUCCGGAAUAACUGCUAGUCAGGUGCGAAGAUUGAGUGACCAAGGAGCUGCCGGCGCGGCCGCCCGCGAAAAGGCAUUCUUGGCUACUUUGACCAAGGCGCCGGGUCCUUACGCACCGGGACGCCGACACUCGGUAAUCACUAUAUCCAAGGCACCCAUGCCACUAUUUGGCCGCAACCGUCGUGAGUCCAUCGCGUCAUUUCCCAGCAAGGGGCCUCGUUGUAACCGGAGAGAUUCUACGUCCGGCGCUGCUCCUUCGCCCAGUGGUAGUCAGUUCAACCUGCAGUUGGACAUCAUGGACGAUAUUGCGGACAUUAAAGCCGCCCGAAAGGUGCGGAUGAAGAUGUGGCAGACCGAGGACAAGGAAAAGAUGUGCGAACUACAACCAUUGGACGGCAGCGCUAACACUCAAAUGUCUAGGUUUAAAGAAGCUCGGCGGUAUUCGGAUAUCGACGUUUGCGAAAAACUGGCACCGCCCGUGCCACCCCGCAGACGAGCGUCAGACUUGCCGGAGUCCACGAGCAAAUCUCAGUCGUCCGGCAUUGUGUGUACCAACACGGAUUUGAUGUCUAUUAUGAACUCACUUAAAUCGACGGCCAAUAAAGCGCUGUUUAAAGGCCUAUCCGGCAGCAAGACAACGGACAGCUUAUCGGUGGGCGACCGACGACGAGACACGCUGCGGACCGGCCGAUCCAACAGCGUAGACGUGGCCAACUUGCACGGGGCUGUAAGUACCAGUACGCGCAAUUGGUUCAGGAAAAUGUCCGCCAAAACGUCGGCGUACCGAACUGCGGACGUCGAGUGCCCGGAGCCUCGGCCCGGAGGCAACGGCACCGAUUGCGUGCAAAAGUCGCCGGUUGUGGUGACUUUUGCGGACGAACGGCCCAAAGUGUCGCUGUUGGAAUCGGUGCCGUGCAAACCGGAAAAACCAGCACAGCAGCCGGUCGAUAAAAAGCAGGACGUGGUAGUGUGGGACCGUCCGUCCGGUUCGGUGGUCAAUGCCGAGGUGUUGGGCACGGCCAUCGAGGGCUUUCUGGCUUCCAAGAAGUCCGGCGACAGCGGCGAAGCGUCACCCGCCGAAGGCGAACCGCCUACUGGAACGUCUUCGUCGAAAGGUGCCAACGACCAGACCGGCCGAACGUGCGAUACUUCCAUUUGUUCGUCGCUCAAGGACCUUUUCGUCAAAUAACUGUAAGACAACUCGUGCCAGUAAAUCAUGUAACCACGUCGGCCGCUUUUUAUAUGAUAUUACAAACGUUGCUUGCAACACCUUUCAUGAACAUCCCGUUCCACUGCUAAGCUUGUAAUAUUGUUUUUUUUUUAUUUCAUUUGAUUUAAAUUGCACUAUAUUACUAUUAAUAACGUGUUAAUUGUUACCUAAGCGCAGUUUAAAUUUCGAAACUCGUAGCUUUAUACCGUAGUUAUAUAAUAUAACUGUAAUCGUAGAGGUCCCUCGUGUGCCCGUAUGGCGUGUACCCUUGUAUACUUAUAUAUUUCUUAAACUCACAUAAGUCCUGUAUAUAUAUAAAGCCCUAUACAGGCUGUAAACAUAUACCAGACUCGGAGCAAAACAAUUUUUAACCCGUUCCGUCCCAGUCCGGUUAAAAACAAUCUCAAAAAUAAACUGACUUGAUCUAGUCGAUAAAAUAAAAAAUUAACUGAACUGGAAUUGAUUUAAUAAUAAUUUCAAUCCAUUUCUAUUCAUCCCGAAUCUACCUAAAAAAAUGAAUUAUACAAGUAAAUAGAAAAUAGUACAUGCAGUUUUACAAAAACGUCCGAACUUAAAAUACACGUGCGCUUAAAUUACACGAAUCUUAUAUGGUUUUGGUUCAGAUUUAUGAAGUACGAGUAAGUACGGGUAAUAUCCAUCACAAAUUACGAGCCCUACUUCUUAAAGUAAGUACACAUUUUACAGCAAUGGUAAUUUAUUUGACGCAGGUAAUAAUGUCGUAACACGGUCAACGAAAAUAUAAUUUUACUAGCACGAGUCAUUGAAAUAUAGCAUUUAUAAGACUUUGAAAACCAAUAAGAUUGGAAAAUAAAUGCUUACUGUAAAAUUACUUUAUAUAUUUUUAUUUAAUAUAUAAAUAUUAAAUUUAUAUAGUAUAAUUACCACAAGUGGUAGUCAUUUAUAAAUACUAUUUACCUGCUCUAUUAUUAUCUAUGCUAAAAUACUUUCUCCUCGAUUUAUGUGUAACAUAAAAAAUGAUUGUCUAAAAAUAAAAAUGUCUUAUAAUAAUGCCUAAGACUACUCAACAGGAAUGUUAGAAGUUAUUCGGAUAAAAAACGUAAUUAAUUAAGUAGUAUUUAGACCUACUAUUUUACGACAAUAAUCUUUAAUUUUAAAGAUAAAAUUAGGAUUAGAUAAUUAAAUUAAAAAAAAUAUUAAGAAGUAUUAUCAUGUAUAAAUUAUGUCAUUAU